GCGGCGGCUCUGUGCGUGUUCACCACUGGCUUCUGUGACACAACAGUGGACUGGGCUCAGCACCCUCUGUGUUUUCGUUCUUCUUUUUCUGCCAGACUCAGAGUUUUCCUGUCAUGCUUUCUUUUUAUUGGGAAUGUUAUUACCUAUAACGGAGUUGUUACCCUUCCCAUGGGCACCGGUGCCGAAAAUCAAGUGAAAGCUUGUACUGCAUCUUCACCAUAGUCAUGAACUGAAAACAAAGUGGAGAGCGUUAAUUUCCUGUGACUGUCCGAGAUCUCGACACUAUGAGGUUGCUGAGGAGUCCCAGACUGGCCACCGUGCUGUUGGUGGUUAUCUGUAUUUGUGCCUUUCAUACGACCUCAGCCAUUGACAUCCCGCUGGAAGUUUUAGGUCACAUAAACAUUGAGCAGCUGCCCACCAUCACAGCUCAGUCGCCCAGCACUCUCAUCGCCUUUCCCUUUGACGAAAGCUUCCCCGUGAUUUGUGAAGCCAAAGGGAAUCCCGAGCCAGAAUUCAGAUGGACAAAGAAUGACCAGGAAUUCGACCCCUUUCAAGACCCCCGCCUGAUGAAAGAAGAGAAUUCUGGGACCUUUGUGAUACCCAAUAAUGGGAACCUUACAGAGUACCAGGGAACCUAUCGCUGUUACGCCUCAAACAAACUAGGCAUCGCCAUAUCGAAGGAGAUUGAGUUCAUUGUGCCCAAUGUUCCUAAAUUCCCUAAAGAGACACUCGAUCCUGUCGUGGUAGAAGAAGGCCAGCCAUUUACUUUAAAAUGUGACCCACCUAACGGUAUACCUCCACUGCAGAUCUACUGGAUGACUAUUAAUCUCCAGCACAUUGAGCAGGAUCAGAGGGUGUCCGUGGGCCUGAAUGGAGACCUUUACUUCUCCCACGCAGUGGAGAAGGACAGCAGGAGAGACUACUGCUGCUUCGCCUCCUUCCCCAGAAUACGAACGAUCGUUCAGAAGACCGCCAUGUCUGUCAUUGUCAAGACAAGAAAAAGUGACAGUUCUGAAAAUGCUAAUGCAAUUCUGGAGAGAAAACCCUCUCUUCUGACGCCCCCUGGUGGCAAAUCAGAGAUACAGCUGGUCAAAGGAGAGGACCUGAACCUGGAGUGUAUUGCUGAAGGAUUUCCAACUCCACAGGUUGAAUGGAUGAAAAUGGGCCACAAAUUUCCUAGUAAAGUGAGAUUUGAGAAUCAUGGAAAAUUGGUGAUUGUGCCAAGAGCUGAGCUGGAAGACAGUGGGAAGUACAUGUGCAAGGCAAAGAAUCCACUGGGAGAAGUUCAACAUACCUUCACCGUGACAGUCGAAGAGCCUCCAGAGUGGGUGUUUGAGCCUGAGAGUCAGCUCAGUAUGAUCGGCUCAGACGUGCACAUCAAGUGCUCUGCCAGUGGGAUUCCUCAGCCGACGACUACAUGGAGGGUGAACGGUGGACCUCUGCAGGAGUCCCCAGCACGAAACAGGAGGGUAAUUGGUGACACCAUAGUUAUACAUAAUGCCCAAGUUUCUGACAGUGCUGUCUAUCAGUGUGAGGCCUCCAAUAGACACGGAACCAUUCUGUCCAAUGCAAACAUCAUGAUCAUGAAUCUGCAGCCCAUGAUUUUAACAAGUGAGGGGGAGGAAUACUCUGUUGUGGAGAGGAAGGGAGUGACGAUGCACUGCAAGGUCUUCAGCUCUCCUCCUUCUACAAUCACUUGGAGCAAAGACGACUCCCCUGAAUCUGUUCAUGGACCCAAGUUUACUGUUCAUGAAAACGGGUCACUGAAGAUCUACAAUGUGGAGAGGGGUGACACAGGACAGUACACGUGUUUGGCCAAAAACACAGAGGGAUCAUCUGCUAUCAAUGCCAUGCUUUAUGUAAAAGAUCCCACUCGAAUAGUAGUGGCCCCGGAGGACCAGCGGAUCCUAAUAGGUACCACGGCCCAGCUCUCAUGCCUGGCGGAGUACGACAAGUCUUUCAGCAAUGACUUUGAGCUCCUGUGGGAAAAAGAUGAUAUGGAGAUAGCCCUCAACUACACUGAGAAUUCAAGAUACUUUGUGGAGAACGGUGUUUUUCACAUCAUGAAUGUGAGCCACAGCGACCAGGGUGUGUACACAUGUGUGGCAAAAACUCCAGCGGACCAAGACGUGGCCUCAGCCCUCCUCAUGGUGUUAGAUGUCCCCGAUGCGCCGGAGAACUUGGUACUGUCUGACCGCAAGGGCAGAAAUGUGACGCUGAAAUGGGUCCCCGGGGACGACCACAACAGCUCAACCACAGAGUUUAUUAUCGAGUACGAGGAGAGCCACUGGGAACCAAGCAACUGGAAGGAGCUACUCCGAGUACCUGGGAACCGCAACUCUGCUGAGCUCAAGCUCAACGGCAAUGUCGACUAUUGCUUCCGAGUGUCCGCCGUGAACGCUGUGGGAACCGGGCGUCCUAGCGAGGCCACAGAGAGAUACAAAACUCCUCCAGAAGCCCCUGACAGGAACCCUGAAAAUAUCAGAAUCGAAGGUCAUUUGCCACAUGAAAUGGAUAUCAAAUGGGAGCCCCUGUUACCCAUUGAGCACAAUGGUCCCGGCUUGGAGUACAAGGUGAGUUACAGACGACAAGAUGUGGAAGAAGACUGGAAGGAGAACACAGUGAAGAGACACUCAUUCGUGGUGAAGAACACCCCAACUUUUGUUCCCUACGAAAUAAAGAUCCAAGCCAAGAAUCGUCAGGGCUUUGGACCUGAGCCCAAGUUAGUGACUGGCUAUUCAGGAGAGGACUUUCCCUCUGCUGCACCUGAUGAUGUAGCUGUGGAGGUGAUGAACAGCUCCGUGGUCAAGGUUAGCUGGACACGAGUACACAAGGACAAGUUACAUGGACAUCUGGGAGGCUACAGGAUAAGUUGGUGGCGUCUGCGCAGUCUGGUGGACUCAAAGAAAAGUCCCGGAGAUAAACACACGCUGGCAGUCCCCGGGGAUAAGAACCACGCCACGGUACCAAUUCUGACGCCCUUCUCCGAGUACAGCCUCAUCGUCAUGACCUUCAACGGGCGGGGCAACGGCCCAGGCAGUCAUCCCGUCAACUUCAAAACCCCAGAGGGAGUCCCAGAGAAAAAUCAUGAUUUCAGGGUCACAGAUGUACAGAGGCACACUGUCUCUUUGGCCUGGGAGCCGCCGUUGGAGCCUAAUGGGAUUCUCAUUGGCUACCUCCUUAAGUACCAUCUCAUCAAUGACACAGAAGAAGUGGGACCACUGCAGACAGUAGAUAUUAGCAAACCUGAGACCACCACGUGGAUCCUGCGUGACUUGGAGCCUUUGAGUAAAUACAAGUUCUACCUGUGCUCCUGUACCACGGUGGGCUGCGGGCCUGACGUCAGCGACGAGUGCACCACCACCCUGGAAACAAGUCUGGCCAGCAUUCACGGAGGAAUAUCUACCAAGGGCUGGUUUAUCGGGCUGAUGUGCGCCAUUGCUCUCCUCACACUCAUUGUGUUGAUCGCCUGCUUUGUCAACAGAAAUAAAGGAGGGAAGUAUUCCGUAAAAGAAAAAGAAGACCUUCACCCAGACGUGGAGUCGCAGGGCAUGAAUGACGACACAUUCUGUGAAUACAGCGACAACGACGAGAAGCCACUGAAGGGCAGCCAACACUCGCUGAGCAGGGAGAUCAAAGCGGUGGAAAGCGGGGACAGCCUGGUGGACUACGGCGAUGAGGACGCGCAGUUCAACGAAGACGGCUCCUUUAUCGGCGAGUACGCCGGGCGGAAGGAGAAGAGGGCGUCCGCUGAGAUCAAAGCCACCAUUCAGACCCCGGCAUGAGGAGCAGAACGGGCCAUCCAGUUUCCACGAAAGCUGUCGGAACAAAAAAAGAAAAACAGGAAACAGACAUUAUUCAUGCGGAGCGCAAGUUCUGUGUCAAACGUAAUGUGUCGUUGCCAAGUGCACACUGCCAUUCUCAUUUUAUACAGCUCUGUUUUGUUAAGUUGCGACAGAAUGACCAUUACUAAAUACGGUGUAUAUAUAGUGUAUAUUGUAUGUGUGGAGUGUCUUUUUUUAUAAUUAUUAUUACUCAAAAUUUUAGAGGGCUUUGUUUUUAUUUCCUUUCCUUCAGCUGCAGUACUCUUUGUACUCCCCUCUCCGCUGUGCAUCGUUAUAUGCAGCUUCGCCUCUGGUGUCACCUUGUAGCAGGCCACAGACAAAGUGGGGAUAUCAAGUUGAUAUUUUUUCAAUUGGAACGUAUAUUACUGACCUUUUAUAUUUGAAAUGGAUUCAUUGAAUAUGAUGUAAGAUGUGUAUAAAGGUUUGCUUAUUAACUUAUUUUUUUCCAGUGGUUUUAUACCUGACAGAAUAAUAAGACAGUUCACAUAUCAUUGCAUAUUAUAAAGACCACUUCCUGCUCCUGAAUCUCCUUGUGAUGUUAGGAUAUAUUAUUUAGUUGUACUUUGUUUAGAAACAUUUGAGCUGUUAGUUUAAAUCACACAUUUACUGUAACAGCCAAGCGGUGCUUCAGCAGAUUUGGGGUAAAAAGUUUCAGAAAUGUAAUCUAUUACAGGUUGAUAUCAUUAAAUAACUAUACGCAUAACCCAGUCUUGAUUAAAUUGGAUUUAACCACCAGUGUGUUGAGUUUUACAAACCAAGAAUGAGCAGAUCAAUACAAUUUAUUGUCAGUUUGUUAAAAAUAAAGCUGAGAUAGGGGAAAGAAGUAGCCCUAGCAUACAAAGAAAAACUUAGGAAUGCAAUAUGGUACAAACAUGAAGGAUGUGUUGAUCUUUUCAUUAGUGAGGGCCUGUUCCUUUUUACAUUGCUACUUUAUUAAAUUAGUAAUACAAUGUCAAUUAUUUUUUAGAGAUGAUGAAAAAAUAUCAACAAAAGCUAAGGUUUUUUAUUUUAUUUUUUUUAUUUGUAUCCUGCAAAUGGAAGCUGUGGCAUCGCUAUGUCACUGUCAGAAGUACCUGCAAUGGAUUACAGGCUUCUUUUUGUCAAUCAGAUUACUCAGUCUGGUUUUAAUAUUUGCCAUCCACCUGCACCGGUAAUUCAGUGUGCUAUAGUGAAGUGUUAUAUUGGUUUUGUUAAGCCCUACUUUGAGUAUGCUGCCACUCCAAAACAGAAUCACUUCUGUUGUUCAUUAACAUUAGCAACCUGAUCGGGAAAACUGCAGUGUUUUGUAAAAGUUCACUCAUUGCAUUGCAUGUUAUAAAUGUUAAUUGGUGUUUUUCAAUGUUAUUAAAUUGCUUUACUUUCCUA